AUGACCAUGACUACUAUGCCAGAAAGCCUCAACAGCCCCGUGUCGGGCAAGGCUGUCUUUAUGGAGUUUGGGCCGCCCAGCCAGCAAAUGUCUCCUUCUCCCAUGUCCCACGGACACUAUUCCAUGCACUGUUUACAUUCUGCUGGCCACUCGCAACCCGACAGCUCCUACAGCACGGCCUCAUCCUUCUCCAGACCGCUGGGCUACCCUUAUGUCAACUCCGUCAGCAGCCACUCGUCUAAUCCCUACAUCAGUUCAGUGCAAUCCUAUCCCAACAGCUCCAGCCUGACUCAGACCCGGUUAGAGGAGACAGGAGCAGACUCGGAGAAAAGCACCGUGGUAGAAGGAGGGGAAGUUCGUUUCAAUGGGAAAGGGAAAAAAAUUCGCAAACCCAGGACUAUUUAUUCCAGUCUGCAGUUGCAGGCUUUGAACAGGAGGUUCCAGCAAACUCAGUACCUAGCUCUGCCGGAAAGAGCGGAGCUCGCAGCCUCACUGGGACUCACGCAGACACAGGUUAAAAUCUGGUUCCAGAACAAGCGGUCCAAAUUCAAGAAACUGAUGAAGCAGGGAGGGGCCGCCCUUGAGAGCAGUGCUCUGGCUAACGGCCGGGCUCUGUCGGCCAGCUCGCCUCCAGUUCCCCCGGGCUGGAACACCAGCAGCUCCUCCAGUAAGAGCUCUACUGGCAAUGCGGGCACCUACAUCCCGAGCUACACGUCGUGGUACCCCUCAGCCCAUCAAGAAGCUAUGCAGCAACCUCAGCUCAUGUGA